AAUGAAAGAAAGGGAAAUAAAAAACACACCUGAAGAAAUGUAGAAAUUUGAUAUUAUUUGUUUGCAGAAAGAAACUUUAAGAGAAAACAAGAUUUCCUUCCCUUUUUCUUUUUCUGCAAUCUUUUUCCUAUUUUUUUUCUUUCUUUCUCUCUCGAUCUCUCCAAUCUUCCUUCUCUCUCAAUCUCUCAACUUUACUGUCAAUUUUUUUAAAAAAUCCUCUUAAAACCAAAAGAGCCCUGUUUUUAUAGACAAAGGGAAAAACCCAAUCCUAAUGUGCUUCUAAUACUCAAUCCCAAUCCCUAAGAUAACAAUCCAAUCCUAUUUGGAAUUGGAUUUCUUAGCUUUCCCCUCAUCUACCCCUUUUCAAGUCUAGAUUCAUACCUUUUGUGUUUGGAACUCCCCACUUUGAAUCCAUUUCAAACUCUCCUUUUGUGCCUCUUGUUGAUGACUUUCAAUUUCUGAAAAUUUCUUCAAAACUUGAGUAGAUUUAGGGAUAAGCCAAGGAAUUUUUGUGAUUUUUUCUAUUUGAGAAAGGCUGGGGGCAGAGCAAUGAGAUGAGUCUUGGGCGGCUAGGGUUUUUCAUUUUUUUGCGAAAAUAGUCCAUAGAUCUCUAGUUUUAUCAAUUAGCCCCAAUUAAAAUUGGGUUAUGACAGUUGCCUCCUCUUUACUUGUCCUUUUGUAAAAAAAGAAAAGUAAAGAAUAAAAGAAUAACCCAAUUUUAAGCUUGAAAAACAAAUUAUAAGUGCAGGCUUCAUUGUCUUCCUUGAGAUGUGAUCUUCAUUUCUAUUUCUUUAAGAAUGCGAUCUUCAUUCAGUAUGUGACUUCUAAGAUGCGGUCUUAUCUUUUGCGAGAUGUGGUCUUCGUCUCUCCUUCGUCCUUAGAUGCGAUCUUCAUCUAAGAUGUGACUUCUAAGAUGUGGUCUUCAUGUUAUCUUCUGUGAGAUGCAGUCUUCAUCUUAUCUUUUGUGAGAUGCAGUCUUCAUCUUAUCUUCUGUGACAUGCGAUCUUCAUCUUAUCUUCUGUGACAUGCGAUCUUCAUCUAGGAUGUAACUUCUAAGAUGCAGUCUUCAUCUUAUCCUUUGCGAGAUACAGUCUUCAUCUUAUCCUUUGCGAGAUGCAGUCUUCAUCUCUCCUUCUUCCUUAGAUGCGGUCUUCAUCUAGGAUGUGACUUCUAAGAUAUGGUCUUCAUCUUAUCUUUUGUGAGAUGCAGUCUUCAUCUCUCCUUCUUCCUUAGAUGUGGUUUUCAUCUAGGAUGUGACUUCUAAGAUGUGGUCUUCAUCUUAUCUUUUGUGAGAUGCGAUCUUCAUCUUUCCUUCUCCCGUAGAUGUGGUCUUCAUCUAGGAUAUGACUUCUAGGAUGCGGUCUUCAUCUUAUCCUUUGCAAAAUGUGGUCUUCAUCUCUUCGUCUGUGAGAUGCAGUCUUUAUCUCUCUUUCUUCCUUAUAUGCGGUUUUCAUCUAGGAUGUGACUUUUAAGAUGCAGUCUUCAUCUUAUCUUCUACGAGAUGCGGUCUUCAUCUUAUCGUUUGCGAGAUGCAGUCUUCAUCUCUCUUUCUUCCUUAGAUGCGGUCUUCAUCUAAGAUGUGACUUCUAAGAUGUGGUCUUCAUCUUAUCUUUUGUGAGAUGCGGUCUUCAUCUCUCUUUCUACCUUAGAUGUCCCAAAAUGAAGCAGCAUGACAAGUUCCUGUGAUAUCCCAGUCCUUAUUUGCAAUUAGUUAAAGAAAAUAGGUCCUUAUUUGUAUUGAGUCUAAAGUUAGAGUCCUUCAUUUCAUCUAAAAUUAGGAACUAAUCUAUAAUAUUUGUUAAUUAUGGGAUUGCAUGUUAUU